CCAGAUGUCCAAACUCCUCACCGUAUCACAGAGUCCUGUAUCUUCUUGUCACUUGUACCAAAUGUAAAAGGUUGUGGCCCAGCAGAGUACCGGAGUGAUGCUGGAGAAUGUUGUCCUAUGUGUGGGAAAGGUAUGGUUGUUUACAAAGACUGCACUUUCGACUCGAGUACUUCAUGCAUUCCAUGUGUGGGGGACAUGUUUAUGAAUCAGCCCAAUGGCCUCAGAAGAUGCUUUCCAUGCAAAACUUGUGACCCAGGGCAAGGACUUCGUGUUUCUCUGAAAUGUACCACAGAGAGAAAUGCUGUCUGUACUGUCAUUGAUGGAUUUUAUUGUCAAGAGGAAUCAGCGAAUGGAGAGUGUAGUUUUGCAGUGAAACACGGUUCAUGUCAUCCAGGUCAGAGGAUUAAAUUACCAGGAACAGAGAAAGCAAACACAGUGUGUGAAGACUGUCCACAUGGUCAGUAUUCUAAGUAUGGUGUCAACUGCACAGAAUGGACAGACUGUGGUAUAUUUGGUGGAAUCAAGAUUGAAGAUGGAAGCUCACAGAAAGAUGUCGUUUGUCAAAAACCAAUCAAAAGACACAGAAUAAUUCUUCUUGUUGUUUUUUGUGGCUUAUUGCCCUCAGUCCUCAUAGUGCUGGUUGUACUUCAUAUAAAAGGUGAUACUUUGAAAUCUCCAGUACAAGAAAUUGGCCCACGCUUAAAGACCACAUCUUCGUGACAAUGGGAGAGCAAGACACAGGGCUGAUAACUGCACAUUAAACAGUCUUUGUGUGGUUUUAACACUCCUCACAACAACCAGAGGAAGACUGACACAAGUAAACCAAAGUCUGCCUUGAAAUGUAACAGCUCUUUGUGAUCAGGGUAAAUGGACUGCAAGAGCUGAAUGAAUGAAGGUGACCAGGGUCCAGUCCAAAUUUGUGUAAUUUUGCGCAAUGUUGACUCAGCUGGUGUUGCUGUGCCACUUUUUCAUUCAUUCAUCCGUCAUCAGUAAGUAACCUGUUGUUCAUCUGUCAUCAGUAACCUCUUCACCAGUGCAGAGUCAUGGUCACUCGGAGCUUAUCCCAGAAUGGUUUGUGACAGGGCCUACUCUGGAUGUGACUCCAGUCCAUUGCGUAUCUGGCACCCUGUAGUAGAGAGAACAGAGGAGACUGACAGUGACCAAAAGUGGACGGAGGGUACAUGGCAGCGGCUUACUGCUCCUUGAGGGCACACAGGUGUCGUGCACAGUCUAACCUCACACCCCCCCCCCGGCUAAGGGUCCGGAUCCAACUCCCUCUGUGCAGUUCCAACAUUGGAUCCGUGUUCACACAGAUUUCAUCCAGCCCGCUGGAUCUUUUUAGUAACAUAGAGGCUGUAGGUAGUAUCUGUCGUUUUCUAGUACUGUAUACUGCCGGAGAGAAAAGUUUCAGUACGCUAAACAUAGGUGCAGUGCAAUAAUGAAGGGGGCAACAGUGUUGUGAAAUACUGUGGAAAACAACAUAUGGUCUCAUUCAGGGUUCUUAAGGUGUUUAUUGACUGAAGUAGAGCAUUUACAUUUAUUCAUUUAGCAGACACUUUUCUCCCAAACGACGUACAUCUCAGAAAAUACAA